GAAUAAUUGUACAUCUUUACUUGACUGAAAGUAUUCAGCAAAUAAUCUUACCGUGGCAGCUACAUUUAUGACGCGGUUCCAAUUUUUCUGAGCGAGUUCUGUGGUGUGGUAAACAUCAUCAUCGUGCUCCAUGCUUAGGAGAAAUGGAAGGCCAGGGUGAAUUUUCUGGUGAACAAGAAAUCAGCUCUAUCGAAAGUGAAGUCCCAGACAUAACAGAGCAAAAAAUUAUUUCGUUGGCUCAAGCAAAACCCAAGGGAAUAUCUGAUAAAGAUAUUACAGCUGAAAUUCCUGGUCUUGAACCGGCACAGAAAGCAGCAACCAUAAAUAAGCUCCUGACUCAGGGAUACUUCGAUUUAUUCAAGCAAGGAGGGACUCUGCUCUAUCGUUUGAAGGAUCCAAACAAAACUAAAUCAGUAAAAGGAGCUGACAAUGAAGAGAAAGUGGUUUACAAUAUCAUUGAAGAAGCUGGAAACAAGGGGAUAUGGAUUCGCGAUAUUAGAUUUAAAUCCAACCUCAUGCCUACACAAUUGAAUAAGAUUUUAAAGAGUCUUGAAACUAAAAAGUUCAUAAAGGCAGUGAAAUCUGUUGCUGCGAGCAAAAAGAAGGUUUAUAUGUUAUACAACUUAGAGCCAGACAGAUCUGUAACUGGAGGUGCAUGGUAUCAGGAUCAAGACUUUGAAGCCGAAUUUGUGGAUGUUUUGAACCAACAAUGUUUCAGAUUUUUGGAACAGCGCAAUGAAACUACAAAGAAUUGUAGGGGCGGUCCAAUUGCUGCUCGUAAUAUAGCCUUUGCUUCGUCCAAAGAAGUUUGGAAGUUUAUUUCUGAUCUAGGAAUAAGCAAGGUAAAACUCUCCAUUGAGGAUUUGGAAAUGAUCUUGAACACCUUAAUCUACGAUGGCAAAGUAGAAAGAACCCUGUCAAGUGAUGGUAACAACCUAUAUCGAGCAGUGGAACCCUUGCUCAGUCCUCCAGGAUUGAUCAGCACACCUUGUGGUGUUUGUCCGGUGAGAAAGAAUUGCUGCGAUAUCGGAGAUAUAACACCUAAGAAGUGUCAGUACAUCAAGGAAUGGUUGGAAUAAUUUCAAAAUGUGUAUCAAUAAAACAAGGCAUCAUAUUUA